GUUUGGCCAGAUGCGGCUUCCGUACAAACGGCAAACGACCAUGCUGGAUGGUGGCUGUAGUUUUGCUGUGGUUUUAUUACAGUAUAAAACACAGAGGAACUGAAUACGCAAAUACAACAAAGGCUUUUAGUUAAUAUUACAACUAUAUAAUGGCUGGGAGUCGGCUUGAAAAGUUCGGCACAGUGUAUUCGCGGGUUCGGGACUUGAUGCGGGCGGGUGUCAUGAAAGAGAAGGACAAGCCAAUUUGGUUCGAUGUAUACGCCGCCUUUCCACCCAUGAGCGAGCCCCUGUAUAUAAAACCUAAGCCCAGGGUGUUCGGAAAGGUGACUGAUCCCGUGCCAGACGUCUUUUACAAAGAGGAUGCGAUCAGAGCGAAAUUCUUUAAGGUGUAUGGAAGUGGGCCGAAGGCUUUUGAGCUCGGCAAAACCAACUUUGUGUCACCUUGUCAAAGGUUUGUUGUGAAGUACCAGGAGUUGAAGGCGCAGGAGCACCUGGAGGAGCAGGACCUGUUUGAGGGAGCAGGGAGAGUCCUCCUCUCAGAAGGCAUCAUUCUGCGAAGGAGGGGCGUUCCUAUGCAACGCCGAGACGCCGCCGCAGGUGCCAAGCCAGACGUCAGUGCGGACGCCAGUGCAGAUGCAGACAUCAGCGCAGACGCAGACGUCAGUGCAGACAUCAGCGCAGAUGCCAGUUCAGACGCAGACGUCAGUGCGGACGCCAGUGCAGACGCAGACGUCAGUGCGGACGCCAGUGCAGACGCCAGUGCAGACGCAGACGUCAGUGCGGACGCCAGUGCAGACGCCAGUGCAGACGCAGACGUCAGUGCGGACGCCAGUGCUGAUGCAGACGUCAGUGCGGACGCCAGUGCAGACGCCAAGCCGGACGUCAGCGCAGACAUCAGUGCAGACGCCAAGCCAGACGUCAGCGCAGUCAUCAGUGCAGACCCCAAGCCAGACGUCAGCGCAGUCAUCAGUGCAGACGUCAGUGCAGACGUCAGUGCAGACGCCAAGCCAGACGUCAGCGCAGACAUCAGUGCAGACGCCAAGCCAGAUGCCAAGCCAGACGCUGAGGGAGCAGGUCCAAGGAACACCCCCGGGACGUCUUCCUGAGACUCCACACCACCCCAAGACCCACACGCUUCCCAGGUCCUACAGAGAAACACACACGCUGCCCAGGUCACACGCGCACACACACACACACACACACACACACACAGAAACGCGCACACACGGGCAAACACACACAGACGCUUGCACGCAUACACAAACGCACAGGCACGUGCACACACAGAAAGGCACACACACAGAAAGGCACGCACGCACACACAGUCAUCAGACAGUACAUGCAUUUGCAGAGGGACCUGUGGGGAAGGUGAUUUCCUGCCUCCCCUACCACUGAGGGGGAAAAAUUGUCCUUUUUAUAUUUUUUGGCCCAGUGUGGCCACUGUAGUUACCUCGGCAUUGCUUUGUCAUGAUUGGUCCAUGUUGCCUCUUGUACUUCUGGACAGAGCUGAGUUCAGCUCCGGAUGACCGUAAACUCUCUGGUGGACAUGGACCGUCUUCCUCACCCUGGUUCAGCACAUCAUUGUUACCUGAGAUCAAAAUUUAGACUUUGGUUCAUGAAACUGAUAUCAGCUGUUUAAGAAAGCCCCUGGAGUGUGCCAUCUGGCCAUAAUGUGUAAAAUCACUCGACAUCGCAAAGGAACUGGUGACUGCAGACCUUUUUGCCCGUAGGUAAUGGAGUAUGAUUGUGUCCACUGUCCACACAAUACAAGCUGCCUUCGCAAUGCAAACAACACAGUUAAAAAUGUGAACCUUGUCCACAGAAUUCGGCAUUCUAACUGCUAACAAUUGUUCUCAUAUUACAAGUGGCUGCUUGGAGAGGGGUUGAAUUGGGAAUGUGCUGCAUGAACCCAUGUGGCUCUCUGAAACGGUGUGCUGUAUCUUUGGGCUGUAUGUUGUCAGUAAAGCAGUGAAACUAAA